GUCCGCGCGAAUGGCGGCGGCAGCGGCGAUGACGGCCGCCGGGUGCGGAGGGGCUGGGGCGGCUCGCUCCCUCUCCCGCUUCCGAGGCUGCCUGGCCGGCGCGCUGCUCGGAGACUGCGUGGGCGCCGUCUACGAGGCGCAGGACACCGUCCAGCUGACGUCAGUCCUGCAUCACGUGCAGAGCCUGGAGCCGGACCCCGGCUCGCCGGGGAGCGCGCGGACAGAGGCCCUGUACUACACUGACGACACGGCCAUGGCCAGAGCCCUGGUGCAGUCCCUGCUGGCCAAGGAGGCCUUCGAUGAGGUGGACAUGGCUCACAGAUUUGCUCAGGAGUACAAGAAAGACCCUGACAGGGGUUAUGGUGCUGGAGUAAUCACCGUCUUCAAGAAGCUCCUGAGCCCCAAGUGUCGCGAUGUCUAUGAGCCUGCCCGGGCCCAGUUUAAUGGCAAAGGCUCCUAUGGCAACGGCGGUGCCAUGCGGGUGGCCGGUGUCUCCCUGGCCUACAGCAGUGUGCAGGAGGUGCAGAAGUUUGCCCGGCUCUCGGCCCAGCUGACACACGCCUCCUCCCUGGGUUACAACGGCGCCAUCCUGCAGGCCCUGGCCGUGUACCUGGCUUUGCAGGGUGAGUCGUCCAGUGAGCACUUCCUCGAACAACUCCUGGGCCACAUGGAGGAGCUGGAGAGCGAUGUCCAGUCCAUCUCGGAUGCCAGGGAGUUGGGCAUGGAGGAGCGCCCAUACUCCAGUCGACUGAAGAAGAUUGGAGAACUUUUAGGGCAGGACUCGGUGACCAGAGACGAGGUGGUUUCUGAGCUAGGGAAUGGCAUUGCUGCCUUUGAAUCUGUGCCCACUGCCAUCUAUUGCUUCCUGCGCUGCAUGGAGCCUCACCCAGAGAUCCCCUCUGCCUUCAAUGGCCUCCAGAGGACUCUCAUCUAUUCUAUCUCACUUGGUGGGGACACGGACACCAUUGCCACCAUGGCUGGGGCCAUUGCUGGAGCCUAUUACGGGAUGGAACAAGUGCCAGAGAGCUGGCAGCAAAGUUGUGAGGGCUAUGAGGAGACAGAUGUCCUGGCCCAGAGCCUGCACCGGGUCUUCCAGAAGAGUUUGUGAGGGCCACAGCUGCUGGGGCUACUUCAUGUCUACCAGGACCAGCUACAGCUCAAAUCAGAAACCCUGAGUCUCCUGGGGCUUGGCUCCCUGUCCUGGCCUUCCUGCAGGUGGGCAGAGAGCACGCUGGGGCUGGGUUCUCUCUGCAAGGGUCACUGAGAUGACGAGUGAGGGACCUCUGUCUGCCCUCCCAUAUUGGGUUUCUGGCUUGUUGCAGAGCCUUGGGCACUCCUCAUUUCUCGGUGAUACAUAAGGGACCAGAGAGCUUUUAUUUUGGAAGGGUACUUGUGGCAUUCUUCUAUCCAGGAUGUGGUGGGGGGGAGGGGGAAAAUGACCUGCAGUAGCAUCCUUUCUCCUUGUUGGUAUUUAACCAUUUUGUCAGAAGCCUGUCUUUGACCAGACAGCGCCCCCCCCCCCAAGUGGUAUGUUUCUGUGGAUCAUGGAGAUGGGCACUUGAGUCUGGCUCAUCUAGACAGACAACUGGCCCUUGGCUGCCAUGGGGCUUGUUAGCAGCUUCUGGUGGAAGUCACAGAGCAAUAAACAGUUUUCUGUA